AUGUGCGCAGGUGGACUUGGUGAAUUCACUUCUCCGAUUGCUGUGGUGUUGAUGGCAUUGGGAGCUGUUUUUUCUGCCAUGUUUUAUCAUCAUUUAUCAAGUUUAAGAUUAGCCUCGGAAUCUUCGGGAUCAUCAUACUAUAAAGAUUCAUACACUUCAAAAGUUUACAAGACAGAACCGAAUGAGUACAAUUUUGCCAUGAUUGCGGAUUUAGAUAAGGAUUCCAAGUACCCAAAUGAAUUCAAGUGGAGAAGCUAUGUAAUUAGAGGAUCUGUACAACGAAAUAUUCAAACUGGAAAAUAUUCCAUUCACUUUAAUGAGGCAAACGCAAAAUUUGAAAUACAGUCAUUACUAUCAAGAAGAAAUCGGAGUAUGGAAUUAAGCACUUUAUCACUGUGGAGAGGAACAUUUUAUGCUACAUGUGAUUACACUGGAAUUGUUUACGAAAUUGAUAUGCAAACGCAAAGAGCUUAUCCAAGACAUGUUUUAUACUCUGGAGAUGGACACACAAAAAUUCCAUUAAAAGCAGAAUGGUCAACAGUUGGACCUGAUGAUCGAUUAUAUAUUGGAUCAAUAGGAAAAGAAUGGGUGUCGCAUGGAAAAGCCUUAAAUAGACAUUGUGAAUGGGUUAAGGUCAUUGAUCGAUCUUAUUAUCACCCUAUUUCUGUUAAUUGGGGAGAUGUUUACGCUAAACUGCGUCAAGCAGUCAAUGCAACAGCUCCUGGAUAUCUCAUCCAUGAAGCUGUAUUAUAUGACAAGUUUUUGAAGGAAUGGAUUUUCUUACCACGACGUCACUCCAUUGACACACCUUACAGUGAAAGUUCUGACGAGUACUUGGGAUCUAAUUUAAUGAUUCGAAUGGAUAUUGAUCUUCAACAAGUUACAAAGGUUGUGAGAAUUGGCAAAAAGAGCCCUAAGUCUGAUGAAAUGUAUGAAAAUUUUAUAGAUACUCGAUUUGGUUUUACAGAUUUGGCUCUUCUGACAAAAACAGGUUCUAAACAUCACUACAUUGCAACACGAGUUAUUGAAAUGUCUCACCCUGAAAAUCCUCAGCCUAUUGUAGCAACUUAUUUGACCAUCUUUGAUGAAGAUGGAGUCAUUUUGCUGGAUAGCCCUUCAGGUGUUGUUGAAAUGCCAUACUCUCUCGCACAUGGAGAGAAGUACGAGGGAAUUGAGGUUUUAGAGUAA